AAUUUACAAUAAAAUAAUAUAUUGCCGGAAACAUCGUUUCGUUUAAUCUGAUACCGGAAAUAAAAGUGUUUAACACUACAUUGGCAAUUAUGUUAACAAAAAUUUAUUAACAAUCAACAAUAAUUACAAUUACAAUUUACAGCCAAUUUGGCAGUUUUAUACGUUGCCUCUUCUCAUUCUGUAAAACACAUAUGACGUCAUAGUCCCAUGUCGUUAUCUUGCUUCCAUCAUUCUGGGUCGCAAUCUGUUGUGUACGAUUCUUGAGUCGGUUUUUGUGUUUAUCAAUAUCGGAUUACGACUUGCGUGUGCAAAAAUUUUGCAAAUUCUUGCAAAGCUUUAUGUUUAACAAGAAAGCACGCCUUCACGAAUUAUAAGUAAAUAACCGUGUGGAAGUGCAACUUAUCUCGUCAAAAAGUCAAAGAUCUAUAUCACAAAUACAAUAAGAAUAACAAAGGGUGGUACUUGGAACUUAUCAUAUUGAAAUUUAUAAAUACGCCAAUAUUCACCGAAAAGCACACAUUGUGCUAUGUCAUAAAACUUUUUCAUUAACUUGCUCACUCGUAAAAAGAAGGGAACUGAUUACGUUUCAUUGUCUACGAUGUCGCCGGCUUCAACGAUUUUAGUUAAAUGCGGUGGCUUUUCGACGCAGCUUGAACGUCAUGUGCAGGAAAAAAUCGAUGGACAUCCAUUAUGGGGUUCGCGUUUUGACCUGGAAAAUCCAACAGCUGUGGUUCAAACACAUUUAGACUUUCUUCAAAAUGGCGCACAAAUUAUCGUAUCCAACACGUAUCAGGCGAGUAUUGAAGGUUUCAUGGAGCAUUUGAAGUUGAGUCGUGAGGAAAGCAUACAAUUGAUGCGCAAAAGUGUACAACUAACUAAAGAGGCAAAAUUUAAAUAUCAAGAAAUGGUGGAGAAAACAAAUGGUACUACAGAGCCUGGUUUGCCACUAAUAAUUGCUUCAAUUGGUCCAUAUGGUGCACAUUUACAUGAUGGCUCUGAAUAUAAAGGCAGUUAUUCGAAACGCGUUUCCAGGGAAGAUAUUCAAAAUUGGCAUCGUCCUAGGAUUGAUGCCUGCCUGGCAGAGGGUGUUGACGGAUUGGCUGUGGAAACCAUACCUUGUCAGAUGGAAGCUGAAGCUGUUGUUGAUAUGUUGUUACAAGAUUAUCCUGAUGUGAAGUUUUGGGUUUCCUUUCAAUGCAAGGAUAACGAAUGCUUGGCACAUGGUGAAACUUUUUCUAAUGCUGCUUAUUCAAUAUGGAACAAAGUGAAGGAGGCAAAUGCUGUUGACCGGUUAAUUGCUGUUGGUGUAAACUGUCUGAAUCCAAAGUUCGUUAAGCCGCUCUUUAAAUCGCUGCAUACACUAGCUGGCAGCGAAUCCAUACCUCUUAUUGUAUACAGCAACCGUGGAGAAAUCUAUGAUGAAAAGCAAGAAAAAUGGACUGGUCGCGAUGAAUGCAUACCACUGGACUCAUAUGUACCUGAGUGGCUUGAGCUUGGCGCACGUAUUGUUGGGGGUUGUUGUCGCAUUUAUCCCGAAGAUAUUAUACGUGUCAGGAAAUUGAUUGAUAAUAUGGAAAAUAAUAUCUGAGAGUUGCACUGAACUGAUUUAUUAGUUGUUAAGUUUUAUGAUUAUAUCGAAAAUUCAAUAAAAAUUUGGCAGACCACGUU